AGCAAAGGACUGACGCUCUCUUCCUGUGUGUGUCUGCAGUGUGUGCUGUACUUGUGGGCUUUGAAGAUCAACCACCCCGACACGCUGUUUCUCCUCAGAGGGAACCACGAGUGCAGACAUCUCACAGAGUAUUUCACAUUUAAGCAGGAGUGUAAGAUAAAGUACUCUGAGGAAGUGUAUGAUGCCUGUAUGGAGGCGUUUGACUGUCUGCCCCUGGCGGCGCUUCUGAAUCAGCAGUUCCUCUGUGUACACGGAGGUUUGAGCCCUGAAGUCACCUGCCUGGAUGACAUACGCAAGGUGAGACUGUGUGACGGAUCAAUGGUCCGUGAGGUCUGAAAGGUGUUAAUUCUA